AUGGAGAAAGCACACACAAAAUCUGCACUUAAGAAGCUUGUUAAUGCUAGCUCACAGUCUGCACCAUGGAGCAAUGCUGCUAGAGGAAUGGCAAAAGAUGAUCUCAAGGAUCCACUAUAUGACAAAUCCAAGGUUGCCCCAAAACCUCUUGUGAAGGAAAAUACUAAGCCCCAAGAAUUCAAACUCCACACUGGGCAAAGAGCCCUCAAACGUGCCAUGUUCAACUAUUCUGUGGCAACCAAGAUAUAUAUGAUAGAGCAACAGAAGAGGCAAGUAGAGAAGAUACAGAAGAUCAUCGAAGAGGAAGAGGUUCGUUCCCUGAGAAAGGAGAUGGUUCCAAGAGCUCAACUGAUGCCUUAUUUUGACAGACCUUUCUUUCCACAAAGAUCAAACAGGCCUUUGACAAUUCCUAGAGAGCCAAGCUUCCACAUGGUGAACAGCAAGUGCUGGAGCUGCAUCCCUGAGGAUGAGCUUUACUACUUCGAAUAUGCUCAUUCUCAUGCUCAUGCUCAUGCCUGGAAGCCCGUUAAAUAA